AUGAAGGCACUGGAUGACAUCGAGGCGGUACUGCUGCUGCUGUUUGCUCUGUGGCUUGUUGUCACUGAAAACGCCAAAAGACAGAGCAAUAGACGUAGAAAAGAAGCGAAGCGAAAGAGACUUGAGAUGGACAGAGAAUUUUCUGAAAUCAUAAAGGAAUAUGAAGCAGAAGACGAGCUGCUAAGAGCGGAAAAGAAACGACGUGUGAGGGCGGUCAUGUCAGGGCACCGCAUACCGUCGCUUUGGACGUUUGACCGAUCAUCCGAAUGGUGGGAUGUAAUCGUUCCCGGUUUCACGAACGCUCAGCGGAUUGAAAACAUCAGGAUGUCCGAAGAAACAUUCAACCACCUGUGCAACAAACUGCGACCAGCUCUGGAACUGAAAAACACGAACUUCCGCAGAUGUAUGCCCUUAAAGAAGAGAGUGGCUGUAGCACUUUGGAAGCUUGCUACUGGCUCUGAGUACAGAUCUAUUGGACAUCUUUUUGGAGUCAGCAUCACAUCUGUGUGUCGAUGCGUGCAGGACUUUUGUGCUGCAGCUGAGGCGUUGUUGGUACCAGAACAAAUCCGGUUUCCAACCCAGGAGAAGUUCGCCGAAAUUUCAGCAUAUUAUGAGAACAGGUGGGGCCUCCCACACUGUGUGGGAGCAAUUGAUGGAUCUCACAUACCGAUCAUAGCGCCACAAGACUACCAUUGCGAUUAUUUUAAUCGUAAAGGCUGGCACUCAAUCAUCCUGCAAGGUGUUAUUGAUGGAAAGGGCCUGUUCUGGAAUGUCUUUGCUGGAAUGGCUGGGAGCCUGCAUGAUGCCAGGGUUCUGAGAUUGUCCACACUGUGGGAGUUUGCCACCCGGGGGAACCACUUUCCAGCUCACACCAGGAACAUUGGAGGGGUUAGUGUGGGCUACUACCUCUUGGGAGACUCGGCGUAUCCCUUGCAGAAUUGGCUGCUUAAGCCUUUCCAGGACACCGGGCGUCUCACUGCAGAACAGCAGACAUUCAACAGAAAGUUCAGCAGAGGACGCGUGGUUGUUGAAAAUGCUUUUGGCAGACUGAAGGGACGGUGGCGUUGUCUUCUGAAAAGAAAUGACUGUGAUCUCCCGCUGGUGAAGUCAAUGGUGGUGACUUGCUGUGCUCUUCAUAACCUCUGUGAAACUCAUGGUGAGAGAUAUGAGGAAGAAUGGGAUGCAGUUGCAGCAACAGCAGUUGAGCCAGGGAUGGCAGUGGCACAGGAGGUUGAAGAGGAGGGAAGAGAUGUGCGUGAUGGUUUGAUGCGUUACUUGAUGUCAGAUAGGUAA